AUGAGGUUCAGUCGGGCUGAUGGUGCCAGAGAGGGCUGGAAGUGCUCACUGGAGAUUGAGGUGAUCCACGUCAGUGUGUUUGACAGUGAGGUCGGGCUGAGUCCUCCACUGUUUAUCCAAACUGCCAAGCAGAGAGCUGUUUACAAGGACAUUUUGGCAUCUGGCAGAGGUGACUCGUUUUUCAUCAGGACUCACUUUGAGUACGAGAAGGAGGCUCCUCAGAGUCUUCCUUUCACCAGAGGAGAGAUCUUCAAAGUGACGGACACACUUUAUGAUGGCAAGCUGGGCAACUGGCUGGCAAUCCGCUCUGACAAAGACAACCAGCUGCGGGAGAAAGGAAUCAUCCCCAACAAAAGCAGAGCCGAGCAAAUGUCCAACGUGCAGAACGCAGCUCGGGUCGCAUCCGGCAACGACAGAGGAGACUUCUGGAGGCUAAGAGGCCAAAGGGCGGCGAAGAAGAAAGACCUACGCAAGAGCCGAGAAGACCUCACCGCUGUUCCAGUCACCACAAAAUUCCCUGCAUACGAGAGGGUGGUCUUACGUGAAGCUGGUUUCAGGAGACCUGUGGUGAUAUUUGGACCUAUUUCCGAUGCAGUGAAUGAAAAACUAAGCACAGACAUGCCAGACGAGUUUGUCAUCGCCAAAACGGAGCCCAAAGACGCAGGGAGUGAGAAAUCCUCUGGGGUAGUGAGACUCAACACAAUCCGAAAAAUCAUUGAACAGGACCUUCACGCUCUGCUGGAUGUGACUCCCAAAGCUGUGGACACACUGAACUACACUCAGUGGUAUCCCAUCGUCCUCUUCCUCAACCCGGACAGCAAGCAUGGCGUGAAGACGAUGAGGAACCGCCUCCUGCCCGGAUCCACCCGCAGCGCACGCAAACUGUACGAGCAGUCUGUCAAACUGAGGAAGACCUGCUCGCACCUCUUCACUUCGACUGUGGAGCUGAACCCUUCCAAUGACGCGUGGUACGGCAGCGUGAAAGACUCCAUCCAGGUGCAGCAGGACCGAGCAGUGUGGGUGUGUGAGGGCAAGGUGAGUCGGUUUACAAAUACAUUUCAUGAGCUCUAA